GAGAAUAAAACCCCCACAAGACAUUGUACAAAAUGGAAUGAUAACCAUAUCCGGAAGUGAAAUUAUGAAGGCUGUCUGCUCAAUUUUCCAAUAUUUAUCUUUUUAAAACAAUUCAUCCGUUCAGAUGGAUAGUAUGGAAGAUAGCGGAAUCGAUAGCGACCAAAAAAAUCAAAACGACACAAAGGUACAGCCAAAUGUCAAAGAAUCUCAUAAAUCACAAAAGAAAUCCUCUGAAUUACAGAAAAAAAUUGACAAACAUAGAGAGAUAGCAAGAAAAGCUCAAUUAGCUGUUGAUCAACAACCAAAGAAAUCCAUGUUAGCUAGAAAUAGAGUACCAGAUCAUGUAAAGAAUGAAUUUAGUUCAUCUCAAGAUCAACAACCAUUGGUAGCAAUAAUGAGUGAUAGUGAGGAAGAUGAGUUUGAUGUUCCACGUAUGUCUAAAGCAGCACAUAAAGAAAUAACAGAACAGCUUAUUAAAGAUGGUUAUAACCUUGAUCUCGAACCAGAUGAUGAAGAUUUAGAUCUAAUUCCACCACGCCCACUUCAUGAAAGAUGUACAUGUUGUUUAGUACAGACUAACUGUCUUAUACAGUAGUCAAUGAUACUUGUUAUAGAUUUUAUCCUCUUCCACUUAAAACAUGCUAAAACGUUAGCUUCAAAAGGGUUAUUAAUGUACAGAUCUAACAUUUUUUCCUUUUUUAUGAUCUAGAUAUUUAGUGUACUCCACAAAUGAUAGAUCUGGUUACCUGGGUAUUAAACCUUAAUUUUGUUCACUAAUAUACUGUGAAGAAUAAGACCAGUCAAUGUUACGUAACCAUGAUAUAAAUAAUAGAGCCCAGUUUAUAUUUCAUGCCUUAUCUCACACAUGUUAUUAUAUAUCCAUUGUAUAAAUGAUACUGAUCAUUUAUGUUUCAUACAUCGCUCACAGUCGAUAGAUAUAUCCUCAUAAUAUGUGCAAUAAACUAUGGGAAAGCUUGGAGCUACUGAGGGCUUUAAAAUGGUCAGAGCACAGAUUACUAUUAAAGAAUGUCAUCAGAACUUAAUUAAUAUAAAGUCUAAUCGUUAUUUAAGGGAUUUUCAAUCCCUUCCUUGCAAUCUACAAUACUUAAUCCAUAAUUAAAAGGGGGGUUGGAGGGCCGAAUGGUUAGCACGUGCAUGCUGUAUCAUAAGGCCUGUCAUUGAGUCAACUGGCAUGGUUUUCGAAUCCCCGGUUGUACGUGACAAGGAGUAAGGUCACCUGUCCAACCUCGUGGGUUUUUCUCUGGGUCCUCCGGUUUCCUCCCACUACUAAAGACCCCUACGCGCAAGCGAAUUAUUGAAAUAAAAUUAAACCAUAUGUUAGUCCCAAAAUGACCUAGUUUGUGUCGAGUGGAGGUUAAACCCCUUUUCUCUCUCUCUCUCUCCAUAAUUAAAAUUACUAUCAGGCCAUAAAUUGUUCAAUUCCAUUUAGUAUUUACUCUACAGAUGUUGUAUAGUACUUGGUCAGUCAACACAUGCCAGCAACCCCACCAAUAACCUCUGUUAAUAUCUUUUAAUAGACCACUCUUUAAUCCAAAUGAAUCCUAGCCAGGAGAUUAUCUAUCUUUGGUAUUUUGAUUUUGUUUUCUUAAUUAAAUGUUAAGUAAUCAAAUUGAGGACAUAUUAGCGUGGAUUAAGUUGUGAAGAAUAACACAUUGUCCGAAAAAUGCAAAUGACAAAUAGCAGCUUUUAGUUAGAUAAAAACAAAAUACAUAAAAUGAGAAAUGAAUUGAAAGAUAUGUAUUUUAAUUAUUAUAAUUAACAGCAUGGUUCUCAUGUAUUCUAUAUACACUGUAUGUCAAAAGCUUAAAUUAAAUCAUUGAUAUUAAUAUUCAAGAAAUCCAUGCCAGUUUCUACUUGACAUCAUAAUUAUGUCCAAAUAUAUGUUUUAAGUAAGUUUGAAUGGUUAUACAUUGAAAAACAAGUUAUCAAUGUUACAUGAAAAAAAUAAUUUAUAAGAAUUCAGAUACCAAGUAUAUGGUACUUGCCUAAUUAUGUUGCUGUUCUAAAACAAUUGUUGAAAAAAGUUCAAAUUGUAGUAUGAUAUCAAUCAAAUAUAUUCUCUUGCCAAAAAUAUCUAAUUAAAAUACUCAAAAUAGUCUUUUCAGAUACAUUAAUAAGUUUAAAAUAAUAAAUGUCUUAAUUAUUGACAGAUAAAAAUGAAUAUUACUGGAAUCAACUUGAUAAUAGAUGCAUGUAUGUUGGUAAGUUAUGAUCAAAAUGUUCGUAUAGAUGAUCAUAUUUAC